GAAAUACUUAAUAUAUAUAUUCAAGCUUACAAAUAGAAGACAUAUAUAUCAUCGAUUAAACUUUGGAGGUACCAACCUAUGUGUGUGAAAUCGAGCAUAGGCACGGCGUGAAGAUGGUCCUUCAAAGACAUGUUAGGGGAAGUACGGGAGGGGGGUCCACCACGAGACGUUCCUUCCCAAAUAUUCCCCUCCCUAUAAAUGCCUAUGGAGGACACCCCAUUUCGGAGUUUUCGUGGAGAAGCCAUAGAAGUGGAGCUCUAUGACGAAGUGGAACUCUCUCUCUGCGUCGCUGAUGAAGCGGCUGAAGCUACACUACCAGAUGACGAACAGUAUUCCGGCGCUAGCACAUGCCAGAUCCUUCACCACAAGCGAGGGCCAUCGUCCCACCAUUGUUCAUAAGCGGAGCCUCGAUAUUCUUCACGAUCCGUGGUUUAACAAAGGAACAGCCUUUACAAUGACAGAACGUGACCGACUUGAUCUUCGAGGACUUCUUCCACCAAAUGUAGUGUCUUCAGAGCAGCAAAUAGAACGAUUUAUGGUUGACUUGAAGAGGCUUGAAGUGCAAGCCAGAGAUGGGCCAUCAGAUCCAAAUGCUUUGGCCAAAUGGCGAAUUCUAAAUAGAUUGCAUGAUAGAAAUGAGACAAUGUACUAUAAAGUUUUGAUUGCUCACAUUGAGGAGUAUGCACCAAUUGUAUACACGCCAACAGUAGGUCUCGUUUGCCAGAAUUAUAGUGGCUUGUUUAGAAGACCAAGGGGAAUGUAUUUCAGUGCAGCCGAUCGUGGAGAAAUGAUGUCUAUGGUUUAUAAUUGGCCUGCUGACCAGGUUGAUAUGAUUGUUGUUACAGAUGGAAGUAGAAUAUUAGGUCUUGGAGAUCUUGGAGUUCAGGGGAUUGGAAUUGCAAUUGGGAAGCUGGAUUUGUAUGUUGCUGCUGCUGGGAUAAAUCCUCAAAGGGUGCUUCCAGUCAUGAUUGAUGUUGGGACCAAUAAUGAAAAGUUGCUGAAGGACCCCUUAUAUUUGGGAUUGCAAGAGCACCGAUUGGAUGGUGAUGAAUAUUUGGCCAUUGUUGACGAAUUCAUGGAGGCUGUAUUUACUCGCUGGCCACAUGUUAUUGUUCAAUUUGAAGAUUUCCAAAGCAAAUGGGCAUUCAAGUUAUUGCAACGAUACAGAAAUACCUAUAGAAUGUUUAAUGAUGACGUCCAGGGAACGGCAGGAGUUGCUAUUGCCGGACUUUUAGGAGCCGUGAGAGCACAAGGAAGGCCGAUGAUCGACUUUCCAAAGCAAAAAAUUGUUGUUGCUGGUGCUGGAAGUGCAGGAAUUGGGGUUCUAAAUGCGGCAAGGAAAACCAUGGCAAGGAUGUUGGGAAACAAUGAAUCAGCAUUUGAGGCCGCUAGAAGUCAAUUUUGGGUGGUAGAUGCCCAGGGUUUGAUCACAGAGGAACGGGAAAGCAUUGAUCAAGAUGCAAGUCCAUUUGCAAGGAAGGCCAAAGAAAUUAAACGUCAAGGACUGAGGGAAGGUGCAAGUCUAGUGGAAGUGGUGCAACAAGUGAAGCCUGAUGUACUUCUUGGAUUGUCUGCAGUUGGUGGAUUGUUCACAAAGGAGGUAUUAGAGGCUCUUAAACAAUCAACAGCAACAAGACCUGCCAUCUUUGCGAUGUCCAAUCCUACAACAAAUGCUGAGUGCACUCCUGAACAAGCAUUCUCAAUCUUGGGUGAAAACAUUAUAUUUGCGAGCGGAAGCCCAUUCAAGGAUGUUGAUUUUGGGAAUGGUCAUAUUGGCCACUGCAACCAAGGAAACAACAUGUAUCUUUUCCCAGGUAUUGGGCUCGGUACUCUUCUAUCUGGCUCUCCUAUCAUAUCCGAUGGCAUGCUACAGGCUGCUGCUGAGUGCCUAGCUGCAUAUAUGAGUGAAGAUGAAGUCCUCAAAGGAGUUAUUUACCCAUCAAUUUCUAGCAUCCGUGAUAUUACAAAGGAAAUUGCAGCCGCUGUUAUUAUGGAAGCCAUAGAAGAGGAUCUUGCAGAAGGAUAUCGGGGCAUAGAUGCUCGAGAGCUCCGAAAAUUUAACAAGGAGCAAAUUUUGGAAUUUGUGAAGAACAACAUGUGGAAUCCGGAAUACCCGACACUAGUUUACGAUCAGGAUUGAUCGAUCUUAGUAAGAACAGAAUAACAAUAUCAUUUCAUGUAACUGUCUAUAAUGCCGCACGAUUGUUCAUUUGCUUCUGAAUUUGAUAGCCAUAAUAAAGUUCAGAGGAGUUGUUUAUAUUCAUGAUCCAUCUUUUGCCAAUA